AUGGUUGCUUUUAUCAACCUUCUACUGUUGGGGUUAUCACAGCUGUUUAUACCCGCUUUCUGUUUAUACAAGAACCAAGCGGGGAAAUUUGACUGGCACCAUACAUGGGUAGGGCAACCGGAAGAGGCUGUCCAGUUGGACAGCAGACAUAUUGCAGUAUACUCACAUAGAAACGUUAUAGCAAGCUUGGAUACAGAGACAGGCGCAGUUGAAUGGAGACAAGUGCUGGACAACGAAAUAGAUCAUUUUGCGGCCACUGAUGGAGGUAUAUUAACAGUCUCCAGUAACCCUGAGCGAGCACAGUUUUGGAAUAAAACAAAUGGGCAGUUACUAUGGGACCGCCCCUUAGUAUCAGAAGUGUAUGGCAAUACAAAACCCAUUACUUGGGAUAAUGGUGAAGUAGCGCUGUUUAUUGAAAGAACAAAGCUUGUCAAGCUAUCAAAUGAUGGUGAAGAGCUCUGGACUUGGACUCGACAAACGAAUGAAAACCAUAUUUUUGAAAGAAUGAAAACAAUUAAAAGAGAUGGUUUGAUAUAUGUUAUUGUGGAGCCAGAUGACGAAGCUAGUUCACCAUAUUUCGUUGUAAACAAAAUCAACAGCGAUACAGGUGCAACUGUUGAGACUUUCCAAAUCCCUUGUAAGUCGACAUAUGAUGACAUCUCGUAUGUUGGCGAUUAUAUAUUAUGGACUGAAGAGGAUACGAUCAAUUGGAAUCCUAUAUUUAAAAAAGAAAUCAGAAAAACCCCCAUCAAGUCUCUUGUUGGCUCAUUACCUACUGCCGAUAAAUUUAUUGCUACCAAGCUCAGUAUAAUAGGCAGCACAGACCAUCAGCUCGAGUCAUUUGUACUUCUGACUGAAUAUGAGGAGGAAGAGAAAUAUAAAGUUGCAUCUGCAAUGAUCAAUAUCAAGGACAAUGCAUUGUCAUUGAGCAAAUACUUUGGAGAGCAAAACUCUUUCGGCGCAACUGAUGUAUUAGAUCAAACAGUCAUUCGCGUGAUGGCAACUUCAGCAAAUGAGCUUACUGUUCAUAUCAUGCCUGACGAUAAAGAAAUCAAAGUUGCACAUGACUUCUCGUUGACAGGAAAAAUAUACUACGUCAAAGUGAUAAAUCUUACUCCAUUCCAGAUGUUUAUGGUCACAGAAGGCUCUUCUGUCUUCUACUACGAUGAAUCUUCGAUUCGUUGGUCGCGGGAAGAAGCCUUGAGCAGUAUCAGCGCAUCAGAAUUUUUGGAACUUCCUGAGUCAAAAAUGUGGACUCAAAUGGCAGACGAACUUGCUGAAACAGAAGUGGAGCAAGCUGAAGAAUCCCCCUUCACAAGAUAUAUACAUCGCUUUGCAACACACUGGUUAGAGCUUCGUAAGUUGCCGACAUGGGUCAUAUCUCACUUCAUUGGCAUGACCUCUUCACCCUCUUUGACAGAAGGGAAUGAUGCAAUCUCCACAUUGGCAGCCCAAUCUUGCUGGAUGAAUGAAACCCGUCCUGAUAUGGUCUAUCGAGACAACUUCGGUUUCAGAAAGCUGUUAAUAUCUGUCACUCGCAGCGGCAAGAUUAUAGCUCAAGAUACAACUCGCAAAGGCAAAGUUGUAUGGAGCCGUUAUGUAGAGAAUUUCUCUUUUACGCAUGUCUUUGUCGUUCGUUCUGCAUCUGUCAAGUUGCCACCUGUUGUCGUGGCAAUUGCACAAACGUACAAUGAGUUUGGUGGGCCCGCCACAGGGUUUGUACGCGUCAAUGCCUUCAAUGGUGAAGACUAUGUAUCAAGCAACCCUGAGGUCGAUAGCUUUUUUGAGCCCCUUGUUGCAACGGAUGUCGGCGUUAGCAAAGUCAUGCUAUUACCCGUUGAAGAAGCCGAGGAACAUACUCAUCUAUUGUCUAUUUUCGAUGAUCAAUCAGGCCGUAUCUAUAUAUAUCCCGAUCAUGAGGGUGCCCGACGAAAAUUUGUUGCUGACUUCCUUCCAAGAUUUUAUUUUACUCAUCAAGAUAGACAAGGGAAUAUUCAAGGUUAUAAAGUUGUGGAAGGAUAUCGCGGAAGCUUAAAGGCUGAGCCUGUUUGGCAAUUUGUCAUGCCUGAAAAUGAAUUACCAGUUUCCGUGAGCCAUCGACAGCCAUAUGAAAAAGUUGCCUCACUUGGCCGUGCACUGGGUAACAGAAACGUAUUAUACAAAUACCUCAACCCUAAUAUGUUUGCAAUGAUUUCUCAGAACCCCAAUAAGCAAAGUAUAAAAAUUCGCCUCAUGGAUGCAGUUAAGGGCACUGUGUUUUAUGAAGCUAUGCAUGAGAAUGUUGAUGUUGAGAAGAACAAGGUGCACAUAAUCCAGUCCGAAAAUUGGUUCGUUUAUCACUUCUGGAGUAACGAUGAUAAUGCUAAAGGUUAUCAAGCAGUUGUCCUCGAACUUUUUGAAGGAAAGGAUGAAAAUGAGCGCAUUAAAAGUGAUACAUUCUCUUCAUUUGAUGAUAUCCAACCUUCCGUCCUUUCGGCGGCCUUUGCUUUCCCAUAUCCUGUAACAUGCAUGGGCAUUACAACAACGAGAAAUGGUAUCUCAACGAAAGAAAUAUUAUUCGGUUUGCCCAGCCAUCAAAUUAUGGGUGUCAAUAAGCGUUUCUUGGAUCCUCGUCGCCCCAGAGACAAGCCUACCAAAGAAGAACAGGAAGAAUUUCUUUUCCCAUAUGCUCCUAUUCCUGAAGACAGGCGUUUAUUCUUGACCUAUAAUUUGGAUGUUGCUGGCGUCAAAUCUAUUAAUACUAGUCCUUCGCUUCUUGAAUCAACUUCUUUGGUAUUUGCUUAUGGUUUAGAUACCUUUUUCACCAGAUCAUCACCUAGCCAGCAGUUUGAUGUGUUAUCAGAAGAUUUCUCCAAAGCUCAGCUUUUACUGACCAUAGCAGGUCUAGCUAUUGCUAUUUAUCUUACCGGGCCUAUGGUGCGAAGAAAGCGUGUAAAUGCUUUAUGGAAAUAA